AUGGACAGAUUAAUCUACCUUAAUGAAUUGUCGACAUUUGUUACGGGCCACAAAAGGGGGCAGUGUAUCAAAGAGUUGCAACACCUGGACCUUCGAGGAAUUUUAAGUAUAUACAAUCUUGAGAACGUGAGAAGUAGAGGGGAAGCAAAGGAGGCAAAUUUAAUGGGAAAAGAAAAUCUUGGUGUGUUGCAUUUAUCAUGGACAAACCAUGUUUGGGGUCGUGAUAGUAGUUUUAUGUUGGGAAAUGUUAAUAAGAAAACCGUUGUUGAUGAAGAUGAUGUAUUGGAAGGUCUUCGAACUCAUUCAAAUCUGAAAAAACUAGUAAUCGAUAACUUUGGAGGUGAUAAUCUUCCUCAGUGGAUGAUGAGUGGGUGUGAGUUAUAUCUCCCUAAAUUGGUGAAACUCUUUCUACAUGACUGCGAGAGUUUGGAACAUGUCCCCUCACUUGGACAACUAUCAUCUCUUAAGAUUCUUUAUCUAAACGGAGUGAAAAGGAUGAAGAGUCUUGGCAGUGAGUUCUAUCAUGAUCAUGUGGAUGGUAGUAAUAGUAUUCAAGCUUCCUUUACUACAGCAACAUUCCCUUCAUUGGAAGAGUUUUUCCUUAGACAGUUACCUAACUUUGAGGAAUGGAUGGAACCGCAAGGCUCAUUCUCUUCCUUCCCUCACCUUGAGAGGAUAUUUGUAGAAGAUUGCCCCAAGUUGGUGACCAUGCCCAGUCGGUUUCCGUCUCUUGAACUACUCAAAAUCAAAAGAAGCAAUGGCAUCUUGCUAAGGUUUGUUGUGGAGGUUCCCUUUCUUAGCAAAUUAUGUAUAAUAGAAGUGUCAAAACUUAAGUUUUUGCCAAAAGGAUUAUUGCACAACAAUAUCGAAGAAUUAAUUAUUAUGAAAUGUCCCGACCUUGAAGCAAUUAUUAUGCCAAGCGAGGAGGAGGGUGUGCAAGUCAUCCCAUCAUCUCUUCAAGUACUGCAGUUUGCUGGAUCCUUUUGGGAUGAACUACAGCACAUAACGCAAGCUGUUGGGUUUCUGGAUGAGCUGGAAAAUUUGGUACGCACCGUGACUGCAAUCCAAGCGUUGUUACAGGAUGCUGAAAAACAACAAGAAGAAAACAAGACCAUAAGGCUAUUCUUGAGUAGACUUAAGGAUGUCGCUUAUGAUGCUGAAGACGUAUUGGAUGAAUUUGGUUAUCAAACCACAAAGCUCAAGGUGAGCACUAAGGUGAGAAACAUCUUCUUGCACUCAAUUUCACCUGCUUUCAAGUUAAAAAUGGCUCACAAGAUCAAGAAUGUAAACAAGGAGUUUGAUAAAAUUAAAAGAGAUAUGGAUUCAUUAAAUUUUGUGAAUGAAUCUGAAAUUGUUGGAAGGGAUGGUGACAAGUUACAGAUAGUAAACAUGUUAAUUAGCUCUGAAAAUCAAGAUAUUCUUUCAACCCUUCCUAUUGUUGGAAUGGGGGGACUUGGAAAAACCACACUUGCAAAAUAUGUCUAUAAUGAUGAUCUUGUAGCCAAGUAUUUUGAUAAAAGAAUAUGGGUCCAUGUCUCUAAUGAUUUUGAUGCCAAGAAAAUUUUGACACAGAUCACUGAAUCUGUUACAAAAAGAACUUGUCAAUUUUCAUCUAUUGAUGUGAUACAGCAAAAUCUUAAAGAUCAGUUAAGUGAGAAGAGAUUUUUACUUGUACUAGAUGAUAUAUGGAAUGUUGAUAACAGACAAUGGGAUUUGCUUGACUCUUCAUUAAAAAUUGGUGUGAGAGGUAGCAAAAUCAUUGCUACUACUCGUAUUGAUGAAGUUGCAAAAAUGAUAGGCACACUUGCUCCACACCACCUUAAAAUCUUAUCAAAAGAAAAAUGUUGGUCCAUUCUCAAGAAUAAAGCUUUUGGACAUGGAGGGGCUGAAGAGACUCCGAAUAUGGUGGCAAUAGGAAAGGAAAUUGUGAAAAAAUGUGGAGGUGUCCCAUUAGCAGCAAAAGCUCUAGGAGGCUUGAUGCAUAUCAACAAAGAUGAACAAGAGUGGUUAUCAAUAAACAGUAGCGAAAUUUGGGCUUUACCUAUGGGUAGAGAUGAAAUCCUUCCAGCUCUAAAAUUGAGCUAUGAUCAUUUGCCAUCACCUUUGAAACAAUGUUUCUUAUAUUGUUCAAUAUUUCCGAAGGAUACUUAUAUCAUCAAAAGUAGUCUAAUCCAACAAUGGAUGGCAUUGGGAUUUCUUCAACCAUCCAUAGGAGGUAGGUCAAUGGAAGAUAUUGGAAAUGAUUACAUCAACUAUUUGUUAUGGAAUUCAUUUUUCCAAGAUGCUGAGAAGAAUGAUUUCGGUGAAAUAAUUAAGUUCAAGAUGCAUGAUCUUGUUUAUUAUCUGGCAUAUUCACUUUCAAGGGUUGACAAUGUAACUGUUGGGGUUGAAGAGUUUGAAAACAGUUAUGAUGCUUUACAUUUGAGAUUGAAUGUGGAUGUUGAGAUGAAAAAAAAUCAAAUAGAACGCUUGUGUAAGUCAAGAAAGUUGCGUUCAUUGCAUUUGACAUGCACAAGAUCCAGAGCUACUCUUUGCAGCAAGGUCCUUGACAUAUUGUUCAAAAAAUUCAAGAAUUUACGUGUUCUAGAUUUAUCUGGUUGUGAAAUUAAAGAAUUUCCAUCCUCCAUUAAAAAGUUGAAACAUUUAAGGCACGUUGACCUCAAUUUCAAUCCAAUUGAAGCAUUACCUGCUUCUUUCACCAGCCUUUAUAAUUUGGAAACAUUGAACCUUCUUUUUUGUCCUCUAAAAGAGCUUCCAAAAGAUAUGCGAAAAUUGGUGAACUUGAGGCAACUUUUGGUUUGUAGAGAAAAUGGAUAUUUGAGUCACAUGCCAACUGAGAUGGGGAGGUUAAUUUAUCUUAAUAAUUUAUUGUCAUUUGUGGUGGGCCACAAAAGGGGGCAACGUAUCAAAGAGUUACAAUGCAUGGAUCUUCAAUACGUGUUAGGUAUCUACAAUCUCAAGAACGUGAGAAGUAGAGAGGAAGCAAAGGAGGCAAAUUUAAUGGGAAAAGAAAAGCUUGAUGUGUUGAAUUUAUCAUGGGGAAGUCAUGAAUGGGGUGGUAAAAGUAGUUUUAUGUUGGGCCUUGACAACACAAAAACUAUUGUUGAUGAAGUUGAUGUACUGGAAGGACUUCAACCUCAUCCAAAUUUGAAAACUUUGUUCAUCGAAAACUUUGGAGGUGAUCAUUUUCCUCAAUGGAUGAUGUGUGGGUGUGAGUUAUCUCUCCCUAAAUUGGUGAAACUCUUUCUACAUGACUGCGAGAGAAUAGAACAUGUCCCUCCACUUGAACGGCUGCCGUAUCUUAAGACUCUUCAUCUAAAAGGAAUGAAAAUGAUGAAAAGUCUUGGCAGUGAAUUCUAUCAUGGCAAUGGUAGCAAUAUUACUCAAGUUUCUCUUACUACGACAACAUUCUCUUCAUUAGAAGAGCUUUCUCUUAUACACAUGCCCAACUUAGAAGAAUUGAUAGAACAGCAAGGCUCAUUCCCUUCCUUCCCUCGCCUUGAGAGGAUAUUUGUAGAAGAUUGCCCCAAGUUGGUGACUAUGCCCAGUCGGUUUCCUUCUCUUAAACUACUCCAAAUCAUAAGAAGUAAUGGCAUCUUGCUAAGGUGA